GUAAUUACAAAACGUAAACAAAGUGUUAUAUUUUCUUAAUGUUAACAGAGUAUUAGUAUAUUUUAGAUAUUUCCCAGUUUUCUCUUAUAUCAAUUAAUAACGAUAGCCGAAUUUAGGUAUGCAGUAACAAAAAGAAUAUAGGUAAGUCUGAUAAUUAUGGAGAUGAUGAAUAAUUGUAUUAGGUCAAAGGUGUAAAUGAGUAUUUUAAAGAAAUGUUAGUAUUUGCUUGUAAUUAUAUGAUUUCGAAAAGUCAAGAAAUAUUUGGUCAUAUUAAUACCAAUGCUGGUUUACUCUCAAUACCACAUUCGUACCACUACCUACUUCAUUAAAUAUCAUUGACGUGCCCGAUACGAAAGAAGACGAAACUGCAUUAAACAUAUCAUUCAUCAAUGCGUAGUUAAUUAAAUAAGUGAAGUUUCCACGCACUUAAUGCGUUCUUCUUCGCAGUUAUUACACUUUGUGUUUGCUUCCUCCUCGAAUUCCUCCGUCCAUUGUUUAUUUAUUUAUUGUUUUAGUCAUAAAAACUUUGUUUAGUUACGGAAAAAAAAAUUAUGCUUCUCUUUUCUUUUAUACCAAUACUCUUAAGUCCUAAGUUGUAUUGUAAAUGUCACAAGAGCACUAUGUGUUGGUUGAUGGUUUAUAGUAUUACCUAGCAUUCCCUACGUAGACAUGAAUUGGUUCAGUCUCCAAAUUGUCAAAUCAAUUACACAGAGACUUGUUUUUUCAGGAUGGAAACAAGUAGCAGAACAAUGAAAACAUAUAUGAUUCGUCAUGCAAAUAAAAUAAUAACUUACCUUAAUACAAAAAUUAAAUUUCAAUAAUUAAUGAAACAAUUUUAUUGGCUUUAAAUUUGCUAUAACCGCCUCUUAAACUCUCUCUCGACUUUUUUUUCUUCUUCUUGGCCCCAUCUAUAUAACUCUCUCUGCCCAACCAGUCCCCAUAACUGAUCUCGCUCUCUCUUUCUCUCUGCUUUCUGAAAUGACUGCUGACGUAAGCUCUCUCGUACGGUUACUAAGUAGGUACAAUGACGAUAGAACCACGGUAAAAGAUUCCGCCCAACAGGGAUCGUCGGUGGCCCUAAUGACCCGUGAUCUCCUCGGAAGCGGCAGUUGUCGAGGAGGAGAAGGAGGCGAUCAGUCGCUGGAACUUGACCUUGACCUGAAAGUCCCCAACGGUUGGGAAAAGCGUCUCGACCUAAAGUCAGGGAAAGUGUAUCUGCAACAACAAAACUCAACAACCUCGUCUCAUCAUCGUCGCGCAGAACAAUCCAACCAAACUUUUCGAAAAUUUCAAGAUUUAAAUUUUCCUAGCAAAUCUCCGGUGAGACCAUUGUUAAGCCUCUUCGACGACACAAGCCUUGAACUGAAACUAGUCCCCUCUUCAUCAUCAUCGCCAGCAUCAUCAUCGUCUUCUUCUCUCUGCGUAUCAUCGGCGAGUUCGAGUUUCCAGAGCGUUUGCACCCUCGAUAAGGUGAAGUCUGCUCUUGAGAGGGCGGGGAAAGUUUCAUCCGGGACUUUAAAGAAACGCAAAUCACCAGAAGAGGAGGACGUUUGCGAUCAAACCGCUUCCACCGCCGGGUCGUCUCCCGUGGCGGUUGGAUGCCCUGGGUGCUUGUCGUAUGUACUGGUGAUGAAGAACAAUCCGAAAUGCCCAAGGUGUCAUUCGUUUGUUGCUUUGCCUGCCGUGAAAAGGCCUAAAAUUGAUCUCAACAUAUAAUGUAUGAAUGUUUCGUUUUUUUCUUUUGAAGGUUCAAAAUUUGUAAAUCAUAGAUAAACUAGGGGUUUAAUUAAUUGAAAAGAAAAAGAAAGAGAUGGGUGUUAAUGAAAAUGGCUGUGUUAAUCACUUAAUCCUAUGUAAUAAAGUUACUCUAAGCGGUAUGCAAGUGUUAAAUCUGAUAUUAUAUUACAUAAUUCAACCGUACUCGGUACUCCUGUCAUGUUCUUUUUAAAUUUAAGGAAUAACCCAAAGUCAUGGCUUAGUUCGAAGUUAGUUGAAGUUAUUUUCAAUUAUUUUUUUUAAACCAACAAAAUAUUAUUCUUAUGCUGUUAUUUAUACGCUUAAUUCACUAUACUUACGACUAACUAUUUUAUUUCGUUGCAGCUGUUUAUGAAAACCUGAAGUACGCCUUUGGUGCUGUAUAAGAAAACCCUGAUAUGCUUCAUGACAGUAGUCAUUAAUUAAGCAAAUAGCCCUUCUUAAGUGUGUUUUGUAUCCAAUGAAGAAGUUAAGUGGACUAUGAGACGCAUUUACUGUAUGCGUAGACUGUUACUAACACAAAACCGACGAGUGACGAGUAAAUGAGAAUUUAAGUGGAAGGACGAGUCAUUAAAGUUUCGCUGACCAAGCUUCAUUUCAUUGGCAAACAAUGCAUGUUCAUGCACACACACAAAUACAAAUAAUGUACAUUUAUUUCUUUCCGUUUUUAUUUGUGAAGAGAGCCAUUUUCAAAUUUCAAUUUUUUCUUCAUUAAGUGCAGAAGUCUACGAAAAAAAAUAAGUCCAUUUCUCCAAAAUAAAUGUUUUAGUUGUGCUAUUGAAACAUAGUUAUAAAGGAAGGAUACUUUGUUCGGGUAUGACCUAAAGUAAAAAGUAUAUCGUAGAAUAACAGUUUUUCAUUUAACACAUUCCUGACGGAGUGGCCAAGCUAUGUAGUAUGUACUAGACUACUACUAGUACGUUUUAGUUGGUAUUUGUCUUUAUCAUAUUAUUAAAACUCUCGUGUUUAUUGAGUCGGCUACUACGAAUUUUCGUCUAAGUCAAUUCAUUUUUUUCGAACACAAAAUUAUUGAAAACAAAUAAGCAAUUAUUUUUGUGUUUAAUUGGACAGUGACUUUCUAAUAAAUAGUAGUACCAAACGUUCAAACCAGUGUCCUUACAACAAUUUUUUUUCUUUUUUUUUUCUUUUUCUGUUAUGUCCUUACAACAUUGUUUUUUUGUUAAAGGCUUGACCUUUUUUUUUGGUCAAGGAAAAAAUCCAUUAAGAAUCAAGUCAAACGACUUGUGCAGUAUCAAAGCCAUAAAAGACUAACAAAAGAGUGGAAGGAUCAAAGCAAUUAAGAGAAAGCAAAGACAGACAUCAAUAGAUGCCGUAAUAGAAAAGAGAAAAGAGCUCCUUUAAAGAAAUAGGAGCAAGACGCCUGAGCAGGAGGGCUGGGGCAUACAGCUGCUGCAGUACCUAGGAAUUGGCGGGACCACCUCGAGCUAGAUAAGAUUGAUAUAUACCUGCGGUCCUUAGUCACACUAAGAGCAAUAGAUAAUGCAAUAGAGUUGAUACCAGGAGGAGUCAACAACACUUGAAACUGCUCAAAUUCGUUAGCUUUUCUGAGGAGACGUGAGAGUCCAUAAGAAACGUUGGGGAAACAUGCUGGAGAGGUCAACGCCUUCCAUGCCUCAAUGGAAGACCACUCAAGGAUCACUUCGUAAUAUGCAGAUCUUGAAGCGCUUCACACGUCCACAAAAAGCUUGUGACCUUAUAACAUUGUUCUUGAGUUAUUGUAUUUGUAUCCUUUAAAAAGAGUCUUAAACCGGUGAGUCAGCAUCUUCCAUUCACUCGUUUGCAGU